GGAUAGACCUCGUGACUAUCUUCAGACUCGUCGUCUUGCUGUCUUCCCGAGCCCUCAGCGUGUUCUGGAUGGAUCUCCUGACCAUCUUCAGACUCGUCGUCUUGCUGUCUUCCCGAGCCCUCAGCGUGUUCUGGAUGGAUCUCCUGACCAUCUUCUGGUUCCUUGGCUCGCUGUUCCCCAGAGCUCUCAGCGUGUUCCGUGCUUAAUUGACGAUUAUCUAUGUACCUCUUAUCUUUCGCACGGUCCUUGAAAAAAUCAUCACUGAGGUUCCACUCAAUAGGAUACCCUGACUCAUUGAUAAAACCGCGUAAAGUUGCCUUGAUUGUUAAAUAUUGGUCAACUUGGCCGGUCGAGG